CAUGGGCAAUAUAUGCGGAGGUAGUAGAAAAAAAGUUCGUUUUGCUGAUUCUGAAGACUACGACGAGGCUGGAGAUAAUAUAACGGAUCAUAGUGUUGGAGUAUUAAGGAAUGGUGAAAAAGUUAUCGUUCUAAGAGAACCGUUACAUCAUAGUCCAACAAUCAUAAGCUCGAGCAGUGUGACGGAAAAUUCCUCUCGCGAAUCUUCAGCUUCAAUUUUCUCUCUUGGUAGUAAGAUAGUUUCUCAAGCAAAAAGGAAUGGAAGGAUAGACAACCGACCAACCAGACCCGAAUUCCUAGGAGGUGAUAAUGAGGAAUUCUUAAACAAAAAAUCAAUUCAUUGGUUUGCUAAGCGUCUGAAGAAAGGUCGAUUUGAUGACGAAAGCGAAGUUGUCGAAACAAGACAUUUGAGUGUUCCGAGGAUAAAAAUGCCAAGCACGAAUGGAAUUUCUCCCUUUCAAUCAGUUUCUCCAAGGAGUAAACACCAUAGGACUUCACCAAGGAUUCACUCAGCAAACUCAUCUUCCACCAGUAGCUUACACUCUAGCAGUACGAGAUCCCUAAAGACACUUACGCUUGCUAUGGCCCCUGCUCUUCCAGGUACCGCGGAAGAUAUAGAAGACAGGGAGAGGAAAACGACGACGACUACAAAAUCUGUUUCAAAAGUAAGGAAACCCCUUGAAUUACGUACUGCAGAAGUAAAGCGUCAAAUGUAUCCGGGACAUCAUCUUUACAAACAAUUUUCUCAUGGAAAUUUCAAAACUGAUAGUUCUUUUUUUGAACAGACUAUUCCAAGUGUCAAUUAG